UGAUGUCACUUAAAUAUGUCGGCGUGUGGCCAUGAGUGUUAAGCUUAAAAGGCAGUCUUCCUCCGCUAUCUCCUCUUCUCCUGACGGGAGACCCUUCAAAUUGUUGCAUCAAGUACUCAAUCUGAGUGAAUUUAAUUUUAAGAAGCAAGUCAUCAGAGGCAGUACUGAGUUAACCGUUCUUCCUACAACAGCUACAAACAAGCUGUACAAGCUACCGCUGAACUGUAAACAAUGUCGAAUAUUAAAGGUAACUAUUAACGAGUCAAGGAAAGGAAACUUUACUUAUGUUGAUCCAACUCUCUCAAUUUGCCCGCCUGACACUAAGAAACGGAAUUUAGAGUAUUACAGCACUUGCUUGACUGAUGCUAUCAAGUCGUGUGAUUACAGAGAGGGUAACGGUGAGCUGGUUAUCAAGAUACCCAGGGAUGUCUACAGUAUCGAGUCAAUAUUUGAGCCGACUCCAAUUAAAGUUAUGAUUGAUUUCAUGUUAGAGCAGCCAGUCAGUGGUGUGUACUUUGCUUCUACUGAUCAUCCGGCAUAUACUCAUGUCUACUCUUAUGGCUGGUUGAAUUCAUCAAGGCUUUGGUUUCCAUGUAUUGAUUCUUAUGCUGAGCUCUGUCAUUGGGACAUACAUUUGACGGUGCCAUCAUCAAUGAUAGCGGUUAGCUGUGGAGAACUUACUGAUCAGGUAUUGUCUGCUGAUGGUAGAAAGAAAUCCUUUCAUUAUUCACUCUCUUUUCCUACAUCAGCUUCUUGCAUUGGAUUUGCAGUUGGUAUGUUUGAAGCCUAUCCUGAUUCAGUGUUACCUGACGUCACUCAUUAUGCUCCAACUCAGACUCUUCCUUUACUUAAGAACACUGUCAGCUUUGCACACGAGGUGUUUGGUUUUUACGAGGAACUGUUAAGCACCAGGUUCCCCCACAACCAGUACAGACUGGUUUUUGUUGAUGGGAUAUAUCAAGACAUUACCAGUUAUGCUGGUCUCACGCUCUGCAGUGUUAACCUACUUCAUCCUGACACAAUCAUUGAUCAAGUCAUGACUAGCAGGAGAGCUAUUGCACUAGCCAUUGCUGAACAAUACUUUGAAUGCUAUCUACUACCACAAUCAUGGAAUGAUUGGUGGUUACCUGUCAGUAUCUCUCAGUUCAUCACUGGGCUAUUCUGUAGGAAGAUGUUUGGUGGCACAGACUACCAGUAUUGGAUUAAUAGUGAGCACCAGAGGGUUUGUGAGUAUGAGCAGACUAAUUACCUUCCUCCAUUGUGUGAGGCUCUAACCAAAGGAGAAGUGACUCCCACAUCCUUUCAUUCACACAGUGAAAUGGAGCUCUCCAUUUUACGUUCUAAAGGACACUUGAUAUUAAGAAUGCUCCAGCAGAAGAUCGGCCAUGAUCUCUUAGUACAGGUCUUCAAUAAGAUAUUAACUUUAGCUUCAUCAGGAGGUUCUGCUUCAACUGAUUAUUCUCAAUGGCAGUCUGUGUAUUUAUCCACUGCAGGAUUCCUAAAGCUAGUAUUGACCGUUUCUGGUAAAGACUUAUCCCACUUCAUGAGUCAGUGGGUUGGUCACAGUGGAGCCCCCUUGUUCCAUGUCUCCUUUAACUACAUUCGCAAGAAGAACCUUGUGGAGCUUCACAUGACACAAGACACUCCAAGAGGAGGAGGAUCUGGUGGGGGAAAGAAAUUUGUAGGUCCAAUGACAGUAUCAGUCCAAGAGUAUGAUGGGUACUUCACUCAUACCAUACAAGUGGAGGAGAGUGUGUCUGUCUAUGAACUGCCUUGUCACUCUAAGAUACGCAAAGCUAAGAAAAGGAAGAUGCCAUUGUGUCACGGAGAAGAAAUUGAAAUAGAAGUCUCCAGUUUAGAUGCUGAAGUCCCUGUGCUGUGGGUUAGGGUUGAUCCUGAGAUGCAGUGGAUACGAUACUUGAAGCCAUCACUACCGGACACAGUGUGGAUCAAUGUGCUCCAGUAUGAAAGAGAUGUGGUGGCACAAGUUGAAGCUAUUGAUGCUUUGAAGGAGUAUCCAUCACAAUCAGCAGUCAGUGCAUUGAGUGAAGCCAUUACUAAUUCAUCAUUUUAUUAUCACGUGAGGAUAAAAGCUAUUGAAGCACUGGCUCAUGUUGUUAGUGAUUUGAUAUCAUCUGGUGAAGGUGUUGGCCCUGAUCUAUUAGUGAGACUCUAUCGUCAGUUGUUCUGUGUGUCUCAAUAUUCUAACACAACUCUUGUGAGGUCUCAUGACUUCACUAAUAUAGCUCAUUACUUUAUACACAAGGCAAUGCCUGGUCUCAUUGCUAGUGUGAGGAAUUCCCACGGUCAUUGUCCACCCGAGGUGUUGACUCUGUUACAAGACAUCAUUAAAUAUUCAGACAAUUCAUCAAAUAAAUAUUGUGAUGGUUAUUUCCGUGCUUCAUUGGUGGAUGCUCUAUCACAAUAUGUCACUCCUCCUCUUGCUGUCCUUCAAUCCAUGCAAUCAGAUAAUCCUUUGGAGUCUCUUCAAGCUGACAUGAAGAUUGUUUUGCAAGAAAUAGUCCAGUUUCUCAAUAUUGAUACAAUCCUACCAACAUACAAGAAACCAAUCACUGUUAGUUGCCUAAAGGCUAUUCGUGUUCUCCAAAGAAUGGGUCGUCUUCCCAGUAGUAGCACCAUAUUCAAACAAUACAAUCAGCCUAAUCAGUUCAUUGAUAUAUGUGUCACUGUGUUUCAAAUGAUAGCUGAUAUAAUACAAGGUGUGUUCGAAGAGGAUCUCAAUUAUUUGCUGAAUAUAAUUGAUGAUCCAUCUCAGCUGCCAAUCAUCAAGUAA